AUGGCCUCUGAGCUUGCGUGCCGGAACGAAGCUUUCAAUUCCUAUCGGUUUGCCUGCAACACGUGUCCGUACGUACACAACAUCAAGCAGAAGAUGUCGAACCGGAAGUACCCGCGGCUCAAGGAUGUUGAUGAUGUGCUCGGAGGUGCAGCUGCGUGGGAGAAUGUGGAUUCGACCGAAGAAAAAUGCCCCAAGUGCAGCCACGGCCGUGCCUAUUUCAUGCAGAUUCAAACACGGUCAGCCGAUGAGCCCAUGACUACAUUCUACAAGUGCUGCAGUCCCCAGUGUGGGCACCAGUGGAGGGACUAA